AUGUUGCCCAAAGAGGUGUGGCUGGUUGCACGUUUGGCUUCACGUCUGGAUGAGCUGGCGCGAUCGUUGCGGGCGGCCUUCUCGCUUGGAGCGUCAUGUCGUGUCAUAUUGAUUGAUGGCGAUUCUCAUAAUUUGCUUCACUUGCAUGAAGUGGACUUUGCAACAGCUAUCUCAGAAGAGGAAAUCCUUGAGAUCAUUCGCAAGAUGGUCAGUGCUUCCCAGGCAAGUGAUGGCCUUUCUACGGCGAUCCAGCGCUUGGUCGAAGAAAGUGGAACUGACGGCAGCGCUUCAGUGCUUUUCCUAGAUGAGGCUGCAGAGGAGGAUUGGAGCUGGACUGCGCCACAGCCAGCAGGGCCAGCAGCAGUUUGUCUGGGAGUUCAUGAGGAUUUCGAGGCAGAAGUGCUGGCUAUCCGCAGAGCCGUGGCCGCCGUCGGCUCGGUGCGCUCCGCACAGCUGGGUCCAGUGGCAUUGCAUUCCUCGGCCUGUCUUCACCUCCUCUCCUCCGUACGCCAUGGCGCCGCACUUCCGCCGCUGCCUGCGGUGCGGCCCGUCAACGUGCAGCACAGCAGCGCGCCGCGGUUUACGUCGGCUCGGCAUGUCCGGCGGGCUUUGCCAAGAAGACAGCCUUUGCGCUUCCUGUGGCGUUUGGAGAGCCAUCCAUUGGAAUCUGCAUCGAGCAGGGCAGAGGUUCACCAGGCCAUUGUGGCCGCAUGCCUUGUGUCGAAGAGUGUGUAUGACGAACGGGACACCAAACUUCUCUUGGCGUGGCAUGAGUCCUCCGGGACGGUGGACCGCAGCCUCUUAGGUCUUUCCAAGGUGAAGUUGAUCCCCUCGGAGUCUCAAGUGCUGGAUGCGUUGCAGCUGAAAAUGAGCCGUGGAACCGAGUCGCUUGAGAACGGGCUCCAAGAUCUGAUGGAGGAUGUUGGACGCUGCUGCUUUGCGGCCCCCGUGGUGGUGCAGGUAACUCCCAGCCCCAACUGCUGGGAGUGGCCUGAAUGGAAGACGCAGGCGAGUUGGCCUACGGAUCCGCCCAUUUUCCUUUGCAUCAACUGGCCGGACGCCUUGCCUGGGCUGGGGAUGGCCACUUCGCUGUGUACACCUGUCGGCAGUGUCGCCAAGAUCAUCCUGACGCUACAGCACUGGCAUAACCUGGGAGUGCUCCCGGCAACCCUGACACCCAGACCGAGCCUUCCUACCAGAGGUGAGAAGGAAUUGGCAGAAGAUCUAAUCAAUUUGAGUCCUCAACCUGGAAAAGAUGUUCUCCUUCCGACGCUGGUGCCCUUCAAGUGUCGUGUCAUUGGACGAGUGCGCAUGGGUCACGUACUCUUUGCGGAAUGUGGCAACGCCAAGGUCAUGUGUAAGGAACAGCGACUUGGUGCAGCUUUCCACGUGGUGGUGAAUGAACUUCGCGUUGGGGACACACUUUACUGCAUAGGCUAUCCCGGCUUCGAGUACAACUGUGAGGCGGUGAUCUUUGCCCAUCAGAUUCUGUUUAUCGAACCCAGCAAUUUGCCGACCAACGAGGAGGAAGUCUUGUUCCAGGACGAGGAUCUCCUGGUCCUCGCGAAGCCGGCGGGAAAACUGGCCUGGGAAGAUUCGCGGCAUCGCCACGAGCGCGGCACGGCGCUGAAGGUGGAAGCAGACCAGCUGCUUUUGGCGCCAGAGGUGGACGUCAGCGGUCCGGCGGUCUAUGCCAUGAAACCCAGCGUCCGCACCGUCGGUGGAACGGUGGACUAUGCUGUGCUGGUGGCCGGAGUACCUGCUGUCUCCACGGUUUCCGCGGCAUUGCGACCUGCGAGGGGCAAACUGAAGGAAGACGCCGAGACGCAGCUGGAAGUUCUGUGGCAAUCUGAGGAUUGCUCGCUGCUGCGCGCCACGGUGAAGACCACCGAGGUGAAGUCACAGGUCUGCAGGCAUUUGCACAUCUUGGGAUGUCCUGUCUGGGGCGACCGUCGCUACGGAAACCGGCGUGCCAAUCUACGGGCACGGGCCAUCUUUGGCCUUGCCCGACCUUGGUGCCACCUGAUGCGACUGGAGCUUUUUGGAGGCUGGGGUGGCAUCAUUUGCGAAAGUUCACCACCUCAAGAGCUCAUGCGAGUUCUUUCAGCCGUUGGGUGCCGGUGGCGGUUUCCCGAAGCCGCCGUGCGCGUGGUGCCUCCAAUGCUGGACUUCCGGACACUGGAGCAUGGGCUCUCCCUGGCGUACUACGUGGUCCCACCGUGCGUCGGACUCUGCACCGAUGGUGGCCACUUGCAGGAGCUUGGAACAUUCCUGGAGGGCUUUGAGAAAAUCUUUGUGAUUGCCUCUGGGAGUGGAUCUCCUCGAGCCAUUGAAGUCAUGGCAGCAGCUCUUCGAGUGAUGAAGGCGCAGUCCAAGGUGACGGAGCUUUGGUUCGUGGUGGAGGGUACACAGGCGGCACAGGUGGAAGACUUGUCCAAGAGUUCCAUCCCAUACCACGCGGGCCUUUGGGGCUUAGCUCGCUGUGCCAGGCGGGAGCAACGCGAGCACUUCGUGGGAUGUCUUGAGGUUGGUUGCAGUUCGGGUCGAGCUGCUUGUGCUGCUGGAAUCUGGCGGCGUUUGCGAAUUGCCAGUGCUAGUCAGGAGGAUGGACGCGAGCACGAACUCCUCGUGCGCCGCUCCAUGCAGGGUGCUGAGGAGUCAGGCAGUGACGAGGAGGACGUGGAGCGGCACGUGGCACGGCUGGAACAAACGACGCCCAAAGCUUUUGGAGUUUGGCCGCCACCGAUCUUUCCCAGUCACAGCUGGUUUGCGAUCAGCGGUGGCUGUGGGGCCUUGGGUCUCGCCACAGGCGCCUGGCUGGUGAACCAGGGUGUUCAGCAUGUAGCACUGCUUUCUCGGAGUGGAAAGUGCCAGGAUGGAGAAGCCGCCAAAGACUUGCAAGAACUGUACAGCGGCAAUGUUCGGGUGCUGAUGCAAAGAUGUGAUGUCUCCUCUCAGGAUGCAGUCAAGAGCGCUGCUGAGGCGAUGAAAGCUUUGGACGGCAUUCCUGUGAAAGGCCAGUGA